UCUUUGAAUAUUAAUCAAUUAUAAAAAUAUUGCCAAAAAAUAAAAGUUAGUUAUAUAAAAUACUAUAAAAGUUUUAACCACGCGUCAGUGGUCCAGUGGCGAUCCUCGACCUGGGAAGUCAUGGGUUCGAGUCCCGCUGGCGGAUGUUGCUCUUGAGGGCCUUCGGGCCCGAUACGGACACUUCCAACUGCGCUGGCCACUGGUGGGAUUUAAAUGGGGUGAUCACCAGCCCUCCUGGAGACCUCGGCGGGCUCCCCGGCUUAGCUCCGGUGGACGGUCAUUGGUUGCUAGUCGGAGCCUUACGAGGUCUUCGGAAACCAGGAUCAUCAAAAAAAAAAUACUAUAAAAGUUUUGAGAAUAUUAAUGUUGUAAAACUUUAUUAGACAUGCACGUGUUGCAAUGUUUUACCAGCAGGUAGACAUAGAGUUUCAAAUGCAAUAAAAGUAACAUUUUUUUAUAUAUUAAAUAUAUAAUAUACACCAAUGGCGUCACUUUGACAUUAGUAUAUUAAUAUCUUUUAAAAAAAUGCAUCACUUUGACAUUAGUAUUUUAGUAUAUUUAUAUAUACACCAAUGGCAUCACUUUAAUAAAUCAUUUAUAUACAACAAUUGUUUGACCAAAGAAAUCACACCAAUUGCCACUUUGAUAUUAGUUAAUAUAUUUUAUCUAAAAUCAAAUUCGUAUAAUCUAAUUUUUCAUCUUCAAUCUUUUUAAUUUUUAACUAUAUCAUUAUAUAUAUAUAUAUAUAUUAACAAAUAUUUAUAUAUUAUCAUUUUAAAACAUUUAAUAUAUAAUCAUUUCUAAAAUAAUAUUUUAAAGUAAUAUUGAUUAUUAAACCUAAUACUUUUGAAGCGUUGCGUCACUUUAGAAUUAGUAUUUUCAAUAUUUUUUAUAAUACGGUAUUUAGAAUAUUAUUUUUUAUCUUUAGUUUUUUAAUUUAUAUCAAUUAAAAAUAUAAUUUUAAUUUAUUUUAAACAUUUGAUGUCCCACGAUCUCGCGUAGUAUAAUAUAAAACUAGUUUAUAAUUGAAAUAAUUAUUUUAAUUUUAUGUAAAAAACUAUAUUGUUUUCUGAAAGAAAAUAAUAAUAAAUUAAAUUAUAAAACUGAAUCAAAAAGAUUUUAUGGAAAAAAAGUAGACCAAUCAGGAGAGGGAUCAGAUGGUAAGACAAAGGAGAGCGCUCAAUUGUCGUAACAGGCGGAGCGAAGAGCUCUUCUCGCAUAAUAAAAGCGAGUAAAUAACCACUCCUCAUUUCCCCUUUCACUUGCCUGAAGGAUCAUGCUUUUACUUUAACACAACACUAAUCGUUUUAUACCCAAACAAUAGCGUCCCCAACUUCACUACUUACCGAUGUGGGACUUUCCUCAGUUUCUCUCUUCGUCUUCAGUUAAAUCAAAAACCCUAAUUUCAAAAUCUCCAGAAUAUGACCACAACGACUACCAUCUCUCAGCAUGAUUUCUACGGUGAUGAUGAUGGAGAUUCGGAAGGUUCAGUCUAUCUAUCUGUUAUCGAGAAUAUGAAGGAAGAGUACGGUUUGUUCGUUUGGCCUUGUAGCGUCAUCCUCGCCGAGUAUGUCUGGCAACAGCGAUCUCGAUUUCGUGGCUCUACCAUUCUCGAGCAGCUAGGAGCUGGCACUUCCUUGCCUGGUUUGGUAGCUGCUAAGGUUGGAGCUAAUGUCACCCUUACUGAUGACUCAAGCAAAGCAGAGGUUUUGGAGAAUAUGACAAGAGUUUGUGAGCUUAACAAUCUCAACUGUAAUGUAAUGGGUCUCACAUGGGGAGUGUGGGAUGCAACCAUAUUUGAUCUGCGGCCUAACAUUAUACUUGGAGCCGAUGUUUUAUAUGAUUCAAGUGCGUUCGAUGAUCUCUUUGCCACCGUCUCUUUCCUGCUUCAGAAUUCUCCAGAUGCAGUUUUUAUCACUACUUAUCACAACAGGAGUGGGCAUCAUCUGAUCGAGUUCCUCAUGGUGAAAUGGGGUCUGAAGUGCGUUAAACUUGUGGAUGGCUUCUCAUUUUUGCCAUCUCGAAAGGCAUCUUUACUAAGCGGCAACAUUCAGCUUGUUGAGAUCGUAUUGAGUUGUGGAAAAUCAGCAGCCUAAUAAGACUGUAAAAUAAGAGGCCAAAGGUCAAAGGAAAAAUAUCAAACUAAUGGUUGAGCUUGUCUCAUUUGGCUGAGAAUGAAGGAGGAUCGAUUUGGUAAGAAGAUUAUGAAUCUCAACAAUUUGUGAAAAAGAUUUCUAAGUAUGUCAAAGCAGGAUAAAAGAUCACGGAUAAGAUUGAAUUGGAGCCUAACAAAUACAUCUUCACGACCAGUUUGCAACAAUUGUCUUUUUCUUUGCUCAUAUCCAUUUGUUCUUAAAGACCACGAGCACACACCAACGCAUUCUUUCGUUCAUAUUAUUGUUUCAAAGUUGUUUAAAUUAAGAGCUCCCAUCGGUGAAAAUAGGAGAUCUUUUGCAAAAUACAAGUCUGUGAUCCUUGUUUUCUCACAAUUUUUGUUAUAACCAACUUCCCCAUU